GGAGCUCAUGAUCAGCAGAUACACCCAAAACAUUGCAGUCUCCCAUGUUGAGCUGUAGGAAUUUACCAUUUUCUUUUUGUAUACUAGAUGAAAAAUAAGAGUUGAUGGUUUGAGCUACGAUAAGUAUAUUAUAGUUUCUUAACUAUGUUAUGUAGACCUAUUAUCAGUGGUAUUUAUGCCAAACAAUCACAAUAUUGAAAGAAAUACGUGAUGUUUCCAGGAGAAAUUGUGGUGAAAAAAUUGUUUGUUGUUGUAUAUUGCAUGACAAGUUACAAACAGUAAAGCAGAAAUUCAAUAAAUAGAUGCCUUUUAAGUGUACACUGACAUGAUAUCACACAUAAUUCUAAAUAAGUGUUGUAAAGCCUAAUGUAAUAUCACAUGGCAGAGAGAGAGAGAGUUAAAUUUCAUAUACGUUCAUAUAAGGUCAAUAAGCAAUAUGCAAAUGUAUAUUCUAUUUGAGACCAAUCUGGGUCAAGGGAUAGUAUUUUAGGAAAACUCAGCCUUCAGGUCAUCUUUCACCUGAUACACAGUUUAUCUGAAGCUUCUUCAUCUAUAUGCUCAUGUAUAUGUGCAUGUGUCUCCUUCAUCUAUAUGUUCAUGUAUAUGUGCGUGUGUACAUAAUCUGCUCCACCCAUAUGUCCGCCCCAAAGACAGCUUCCCACCUCUCACCCAAGUUGAAAAACACUGUAUGAUCUGAUUUGUGUGUAUGAUUUGCCGUCUAAAUGGUGGUGCCAUGGCACAACACCACUAUUGCAGUGUUUUGUGUCACACACAUGGUGGGCAGCCUGGAAGCAACGGCAAAAAACAGGAAAGGAGGAGUAGUACACCGGCGUUUGCCUAUACUUUCAGUGGUCAGCUGGUAAUGUUUUGGUGUAAGGGGGGUAGGGGCGACAGCGGACCAGUAGCGAGCUCGUUGGCUUCACAUUCCUGAAGUCACGCUCAUUCCUCCUAUUAUACCAUGUGUUUAUCGCUACAAUAUAAAUAAAAGAAAGAUAAUAGUUUACAUUUUCUGUUACAUAUCGUUCCCAAGUAAAUUUUGUACGGUGUGGAUACUUUUUCCUUGUAGAUAACAAGCCAGAGUACGGUGUAGAUAUUUUCCGUGUGGGUAGCCAGCCUAAGUAGCGCCGCAAAGACAUCAAAGCGGAUUAGGGCACAGCCAGUGUAGAGUUAUAUGGAACAUGUUGCCUGAGGUUGUUGUAUCGUAUGCCGAAGUCUGUAAGCACAUGCUCAAGUGCAGUGGAAGUACAUCAUUCAUGAUGUAACGCCUCAGAACUAGACAUCACUUUAAAUAUGCAAGUCUGUCCACGAUAAUCACCCCCGCCAUAUUCUAUAUGAAUUCCAGAAUCGCUAAACAAAUACAACAAGAAUAUAAAAAAUACAAGAUAUUUUGAUCAAUAUUAACAAGCACUGAAACAUCAGAAUACCAAAAAAUAAAUAAAUAAAUUGAUAAAUAAAUAACUAGGCUCGUACUCUUAAGAUGGCGUCGUCCCCCUGGCGGCCAGCGGAGGAAACUCAUUCAAAAACAAAGCAUGGCGCCGAGGAGGAGACACCGCAGCGACUCUCCCAAAACUCCGGACAAUUUCGAGUACCUUAGGAGCCUCGGUGAAUUCAAAAAGACCAUCAGGCGGCGAGACACACUCAAGUCCUUCAAAUCCAGCAAGGUGAGAGGAGCGCCAAGUGUUCAAUUAAGACAGAAGAGGCAGAUAUAUGAGCGUGUGCCAGGCAGAGUCCAGCCUGCACGCCCUGCUCACCCCCAACCAAUCUUGUCGUGUCCGGCUUCACCGAGGGUCCCUGCAGGACUGGCCGUGGCGUGUGCUGGCGGGAGUGGUGCUGCGGUGGAGGCCGUGGGGCGGGGCGGCAGCAUGAGUGGCCGGCAGGAGCAGCAGCAGCAGCAGUCAGCCUCAAGUGUGGGGAGGAGAAGGCGUGGUGGUAAGAAUCACCUGGAGACAGGCAGCUCUGUCCACAGAGGAGAGAGCAAGUUUGAGUGCCAGCAGUGUGACAGAACUUUUGUAUCUAGAGGUGGCCUGAAGUACCACUCUCUGACACACAGUGGUGUUAGAAAUUAUGAGUGUGAUGAGUGUGGCAAGAAAUUUACCCAAAAGUCUUCCCUCACCACACACACCCUGACACACAGUGGUGUUAGAAAUUAUGAGUGUGAUGAGUGUGGGAAGAAAUUUACCCAAAAAUCUAACCUCACCGCACACACCCUGACACACAGUGGUGUUAGAAAUUAUGAGUGUGAUGAGUGUGGCAAGAAAUUUACCCAAAAAUGUAACCUCACCACACACACCCUGACACACAGUGGUGUUAGAAAUUAUGAGUGUGAUGACUGUGGGAAGAAAUUUACCCAAAAAUCGAACCUCACCACACACACCCUGACACACAGUGGUGUUAGAAAUUAUGAGUGUGAUGACUGUGGCAAGAAAUUUACCCAAAAGUCUUCCCUCACCAAACACACCCUGACACACAGUGGUGUUAGAAAUUAUGAGUGUGAUGAGUGUGGCAAGAGAUUUGUCCACAAGUCUUCCCUCACCACACACACCCUGACACACAGUGGUGUUAGAAAUUAUGAGUGUGAUGAGUGUGGGAAGAAAUUUAACCAAAAGUCUUCCUUCACCAGACACACCCUGAUACACAAUGGUGUUAGAAAUUAUGAGUGUGAUGAGUGUGGGAAGAAAUUUACCCACAAGUCUUCCCUCACCACACACACCCUGACACACAGUGGUGUUAGAAAUUAUGAGUGUGAUGACUGUGGGAAGAAAUUUACCCAAAAAUCUAACCUCACCACACACACCCUGACACACAGUGGUGUUAGAAAUUAUGAGUGUGAUGACUGUGGCAAGAAAUUUACCCACAAGUCUUCCCUCACCAAACACACCCUGACACACAGUGGUGUUAGAAAUUAUGAGUGUGAUGACUGUGGGAAGAAAUUUACCCACAAGUCUUCCCUCACCACACACACCCUGACACACAGUGGUGUUAGAAAUUAUGAGUGUGAUGAGUGUGGCAAGAGAUUUCCUACAAUUUCUCGUCUGAAUGGUCACGCCUUCAGACACACUGGGGUGAGGGAGUUUGAGUGUGAUGUUUGUGGCAAGUGGUUCAAGACAAAGGGUGAGAUUGCAGUGCACAUGAGGGUACACUUCCGAGGUGGUGUCUUGUAAUGCUACAGUUUAUACAAGUGUGUUUUAUCAUUUUUUUUAUUUACUUUUCUCACUAAGGAUUGCUUUUUUGUUAUGUUGAGGGAGCAGCAAGAGUUUGGAGGAUCAGACAAACAACAAGAGAUUCAACAAUUUGGCUUGUCUUCUAAUGUUAUAGUGUAAGCCAGUCUCUAUUUUGUCAUUUUCAGUUUGUGUUAAUACUUUUCCUUCAACAUACCUGCCUUCUCCCUCCCCUGUGACACCCUCUUCCCCAUCCCCCUCUCUUUAUAGCUCUACAUUUACAACAGCUGUGUGACCACUGGUGUCUGGCUCGCUUGCCUCUGAACAGAAGCUGUGCAUAAUUACCUGAGAAACUGGAGUGUAAAUGAAAUGAUUAAUGUUGAAAGGUAUAAAGAGAGGGAAAAGAUUAAAAGACGUUAAGGAAAAUGAAAUGAUUAAUUGUGAGGAGUAUAAAGUGAGGGAAGAGAUGAAAAGAAGCUAGGAAAGAAAUUAAUUGUCAAAAGUGUAAAGAGAGAGAAAAGAUGAAAAAAAAAAGUUAAGAAAAAUGAUAUGAUUAUUUGUCAGAAGUAUAAAGACAGGGAAAAAUGUGUUAGUUAAUGAAGAAAAGUUAAAUAGUGAAAACAUUGUCCAAAAUAGAGAAACAAAAGGCAAAAUAAAUAGAUGAAUAAAAAUUAAACAGUGAAAAUGGUGCCCCCCCAAAAAAAAAAAAAAGAAAAAGGAGAUCAACAAAUAAAGUAAAGUUGAAAGAUGGAAUGAUUAAUUGCCAAGAAUAUAAAGAGAGAAAGCAAGUGAUAAUAAUCAGUAAAAAAAAGUGAAAAAAAAAUAGAUGCGUCAAUGAAAGAACAUUUGAAUUGCUCCUGGACAGCUUCUGUUGGUGGAUGAUGAGAAGGAGACGGCCUCCCACUCCUCUCUCAUCAAGACAAGUGAAGCCAGUGGGCGGAGCUCAUGAUCAGCAGAUACACCCAAAACAUUGCAGUCUCCCAUGUUGAGCUGUAGGAAUUUACCAUUUUCUUUUUGUAUACUAGAUGAAAAAUAAGAGUUGAUGGUUUGAGCUACGAUAAGUAUAUUAUAGUUUCUUAACUAUAUUAACAAGCACUGAAACAUCAGAAUACCAAAAAAUAAAUAAAUAAAUUGAUAAAUAAAUAACUAGGCUCGUACUCUUAAGAUGGCGUCGUCCCCCUGGCGGCCAGCGGAGGAAACUCAUUCAAAAACAAAGCAUGGCGCCGAGGAGGAGACACCGCAGCGACUCUCCCAAAACUCCGGACAAUUUCGAGUACCUUAGGAGCCUCGGUGAAUUCAAAAAGACCAUCAGGCGGCGAGACACACUCAAGUCCUUCAAAUCCAGCAAGGUGAGAGGAGCGCCAAGUGUUCAAUUAAGACAGAAGAGGCAGAUAUAUGAGCGUGUGCCAGGCAGAGUCCAGCCUGCACGCCCUGCUCACCGCCAACCAAUCUUGUCGUGUCCGGCUUCACCGAGGGUCCCUGCAGGACUGGCCGUGGCGUGUGCUGGCGGGAGUGGUGCUGCGGUGGAGGCCGUGGGGCGGGGCAGCAGCAUGAGUGGCCGGCAGGAGCAGCAGCAGCAGCAGUCAGCCUCAAGUGUGGGGAGGAGAAGGCGUGGUGGUAAGAAUCACCUGGAGACAGGCAGCUCUGUCCACAGAGGAGAGAGCAAGUUUGAGUGCCAGCAGUGUGACAGAACUUUUGUAUCUAGAGGUGGCCUGAAGUACCACUCUCUGACACACAGUGGUGUUAGAAAUUAUGAGUGUGAUGACUGUGGGAAGAAAUUUACCCAAAAGUCUUCCCUCACCGCACACACCCUGACACACAGUGGUGUUAGAAAUUAUGAGUGUGAUGACUGUGGGAAGAAAUUUACCCAAAAGUCUUCCCUCACCGCACACACCCUGACACACAGUGGUGUUAGAAAUUAUGAGUGUGAUGACUGUGGGAAGAAAUUUACCCACAAGUCUUCCCUCACCACACACACCCUGACACACAGUGGUGUUAGAAAUUAUGAGUGUGAUGAGUGUGGUAAGAAAUUUACCCAAAAGUCUUCCUUCACCAGACACCCUGACACACAGUGGUGUUAGAAAUUAUGAGUGUGAUGACUGUGGGAAGAAAUUUACCCAAAAAUGUAACCUCACCACACACACCCUGACACACAGUGGUGUUAGAAAUUAUGAGUGUGAUGAGUGUGGCAAGAGAUUUCCUACAAUUUCUCGUCUGAAUGGUCACGCCUUCAGACACACUGGGGUGAGGGAGUUUGAGUGUGAUGUUUGUGGCAAGUGGUUCAAGACAAAGGGUGAGAUUGCAGUGCACAUGAGGGUACACUUCCGAGGUGGUGUCUUGUAAUGCUACAGUUUAUACAAGUGUGUUUUAUCAUUUUUUUUAUUUACUUUUCUCACUAAGGAUUGCUUUUUUGUCAUGUUGAGGGAGCAGCAAGAGUUUGGAGGAUCAGACAAACAACAAGAGAUUCAACAAUUUGGCUUGUCUUCUAAUGUUAUAGUGUAAGCCAGUCUCUAUUUUGUCAUUUUCAGUUUGUGUUAAUACUUUUCCUUUAACAUACCUGCCUUCUCCCUCCCCUGUGACACCCUCUCCCCCAUCCCCCUCUCUUUAUAGCUCCCUUUCCUCUACAUUUACAACAGCUGUGUGACCACUGGUGUCUGGCUCGCUUGCCUCUGAACAGAAGCUGUGCAUAAUUACCUGAGAAACUGGAGUGUAAAUGAAAUGAUUAAUGUUGAAAGGUAUAAAGAGAGGGAAAAGCUUAAAAGACAUUAAGGAAAAUGAAAUGAUUAAUUGUGAGGAGUAUAAAGUGAGGGAAGAGAUGAAAAGAAGCUAGGAAAGAAAUUAGUUGUCAAAAGUGUAAAGAGAGAGAAAAGAUGAAAAAAAAAAAGUUAAGAAAAAUGAUAUGAUUAUUUGUCAGAAGUAUAAAGACAGGGAAAAAUGUGUUAGUUAAUGAAGAAAAGUUAAAUAGUGAAAACAUUGUCAAAAAUAGAGAAACAAAAGGCAAAAUAAAUAGAUGAAUAAAAAUUAAACAGUGAAAAUGGUGCCCCCCCAAAAAAAAAAAAAAGAAAAAGGAGAUCAACAAAUAAAGAAAAGUUGAAAGAUGGAAUGAUUAAUUGCUAAGAAUAUAAAGAGUGAAAGCAAGUGAUAAUAAUCAGUAAAAAAAGUGAAAAAAAAAAAUAGAUGCGUCAAUGAAAGAACAUUUGAAUUGCUCCUGGACAGCUUCUGUUGGUGGAUGAUGAGAAAAGAAGCUCCUGGCGUCUGUUUAGCAUGUUUAGCCCAUGUACUGUACGUGGUGUUUAUCCAAGGAGUUUUGGUAUGCAGGAGACGGCCUCCCACUCCUCUCUCAUCAAGACAAGUGAAGCCAGUGGGCGGAGCUCAUGAUCAGCAGAUACACCCAAAACAUUGCAGUCUCCCAUGUUGAGCUGUAACAAUGUACCAUUUUCUUUUUGUAUACUAGAUGAAAAAUAAGAAAGAGUUGAUGGUUUGAGCUACGAUAAGUAUAUUAUAGUUUCUUAACUAUGUUAUGUAGACCUAUUAUCAUUGGUAUUUAUGCCAAACAAUCACAAUAUUGAAAGAAAUACAUGAUGUUUCCAGGAGAAAUGGUGGUAAAAAAAUUGUUUGUUGUUGUAUAUUGCAUGACAAGUUACAAACAGUAAAGCAGAAAUUCAAUAAA